UCAGGUUGCCAAGGGAGACGGCGGAAGUGUUUGAUCGCCGCCUCCGCCGAGAUGGAGAAAUAUGAGAAAAUCAAAGUUGUGGGAAGAGGAGCAUUCGGAACAGCUUGUUAUUCUUGCAUCUUUCCACGCUUUUCUGCCUUCCUUUCGGGCCUUCCUGCCAAAUUCCCUUCUGGACUUUUGACGACCGUCGCUUCAAAAGCCUGUUAAUCGACACCCGAACUGUCCGUCAGGAUCGUCCACCUGUGUCGCCGGCGCAGCGACGGCGGCUUGGUGAUCCUGAAGGAGAUCCCAGUGGAGCAGAUGUCCCGGGACGAGCGCCUGGCCGCUCAGAACGAGUGUCAGGUGCUGAAGCUGCUCAACCACCCCAAUAUCAUCGAGUACUACGAGAACUUUCUGGAGGACAAGGCGCUCAUGAUCGCCAUGGAGUACGCGCCGGGCGGCACCCUGGCUGACUACAUCCAGAAGCGCUGCAACUCUCUGCUGGAUGAGGACACCAUCCUUCACUUCUUUGUGCAGAUCCUGCUGGCCCUGUACCACGUGCACAACAAGCUCAUCCUGCACAGGGACCUCAAGACGCAGAAUAUUCUGCUGGACAAGCACCAGAUGAUCGUCAAGAUCGGUGACUUCGGCAUCUCCAAAAUCCUCGUCAGCAAAAGCAAAGCGUACACAGUGGUCGGGACACCGUGUUACAUCUCUCCAGAGCUGUGCGAGGGAAAGCCGUACAACCAGAAGAGUGACAUCUGGGCUCUGGGCUGCGUGCUGUACGAGCUGGCGAGCCUGAAGAGAGCCUUUGAAGCCGCCAAUCUCCCCGCCCUGGUGCUGAAGAUCAUGAGCGGCACCUUCGCCCCCAUCUCGGACCGCUACAGCCCCGAGCUGCGUCAGCUCAUCCUCAACAUGCUCAACCUGGAUCCCUCCAAGCGGCCUCAACUCAACGAAAUCACGGCGCUCCCGAUCUGCAUACGUCCGCUGCUCAAUCUCUGCACGGACAUCGGCAACGUCAAGAUGCGCAGGAUCGAGAAACCGCUGUCCACCGUGCAGACCGGUCCGCAAGGCAGAACUGGAGGGAGAGUGCCAACCGGCAGGUCCAGAGACGGCUGCGGCGCAGGCAAGCUGCACUCCCUCCCGCUGUCGGCGGUGUACACGUGGGGCAGCGGCAUCUCCGCCCCGCUGCGUCUGCCCAUGCUCAACACCGAGGUGCUCCAGGUGUCGCUGGGGCGCACGCAGAAGAUGGGCGUGACCAAGUCGGGCCGCCUCAUCGCCUGGGAGGCGCCUUCGGUGGCGUCCGCCGAGGUCAGUCUGCCCGGCGCGGUGGAGCAGACGCAGCCGCAGUUCAUCUCGCGCUUCCUGGAGGGUCAGUCCGGGGUCACCAUCAAGUCCGUUUCCUGCGGCGACCUCUUCACCACCUGCAUGACAGACAGAGGCAUCAUCAUGACCUUUGGAAGUGGAAGCAACGGUUGCCUUGGUCACGGGAACUUCAACGACGUCACACAGCCCAAGAUCGUGGAGGCGCUCCUCGGCUACGAGCUGGUGCAGGUGUCGUGCGGCGCGUCCCACGUUCUCGCCAUGACCAACGAACGAGAAGUAUUCGCCUGGGGAAGAGGAGACAACGGUCGCCUCGGCCUGGGCGCCCAGGACACCCACAACUGUCCCCAGCAGGUGUGUUUGCCCACCCACUUUGAACCCCAGAAGGUUCUGUGCGGCGUGGACUGCUCCAUGAUCAUCAGCGCUGGGAACAGAAUUGCGGCAUGUGGGAGCAACAGGUUCAACAAGCUCGGUCUGGAUAAAAUCACGUCCGGCGAGGAGCCGAGCCCCUCCAAUCAGGUGGAGGAAGUGCCCUCCUUCGCGCCCGUCCAGUCGGCGCCGCUCAACAAGGAGAAGAUUGUCUGCAUUGACAUCGGCACGGCCCACUCGGUCGCCGUGACAGAGAGCGGCCAGUGUAUCACCUUUGGCAGCAACCAACACGGGCAGAUGGGCUGCAGUUCCCGGCGGGGCAGCCGCGCUCCUUACCCGGUGCCCGGCCUGCGUGGCAUCACCAUGGCGGCCUGCGGAGACGCUUUCACCCUGGCCAUCAGGUCUGAUGGCGAGGUGUACACGUGGGGAAAGGGCGCCCGAGGACGCCUGGGAAGGAAAGAGGAGGACUCUGGGAUACCGAAGCCGGUACAGCUGGACGAGAGCCACCCGUUCACCGUGACGUCGGUGGCUUGUUGUCACGGCAACAGCCUGCUGGCAGUCAAACCUUCGCUCGAUGAAGCUGUCCCGAGAUGACUGCGUCCAGAAGCCCAGCCGGUCCCACUCGGAACAUUCCCUGUCACUCGUGCGUCCUCUCCGUUUACACCACCGACGAAUAAUAUGAGGACACCUCCAGGGAAUGAGCGGGAGAACAUGAUGGACAGCUUCCACUCUUCGGGGAAGACUCGGGACGACAAGAUGUAGGCGUGUGUCUGGAGGGAUUUUGGUUUUAUGCGCUGGGAACGGAAAAGGGAAAUUCCCGACACUGUUCCCACAAAGCAUACACUUGUUCAAAAUGUUUUUUUUUUUUUUGUGGAGAAUCGAGAUUGAGGUACCACAAAGGGGUCUCUUAUUGGGGUAAAUGUGGUGACUCACAUUUAUAUAUGUCAAACCGAGCAAAAGAAAACAAAACAAAAAAAAAAAAAACCCCCGACAACACGCAAAUGCGUCAUGUUUUCAAACAUAGCGACACGUAAUUACAUGUGAAAUGUUGCUUUCGGAACACAUUGUUGUACAGAACCAAGAGGGGAACAAGAAAAUUGCAUGCAUAAGAAUGACCAAGUCAAACUUAAAUGAAAUACAAUAGUCAAAUUUCACAAAGAUUACAAAAUGUAAUUUCACUGCCUGUCAAAACAGUUUUUGUUCUCAAGUUUGUUUCAAGAUAAAAAGUGUUUUUUUUUUUUUUUUUAAAGGUAAAAAGAUAAAAACCUUUAAAAAGCAUUUGAGUGGAAAUGUAAUGAAAAAAAAAUAUAGUCAGAAGGUCCAUGGCAUAGACAAGCAUAAUUAUAACAGGCUUAUCAGUUAUUCCUGAUAACUGCCACCUUGAUCAAUAGAAAUAAAGACAAUGACUAGAAAUAAUCCAGUCCCCCAAAACAUUUUUGCACAUACAAUCAUAUGAGUGGGGACAUUUUAUUUGAAUGUAAUUAAUGCAAUACACGGGUCUCACCGGUUAUUUAUGGUCGCCACCGCCUUGCACGAUACAAAUAACCACAAGGACUACAAAUAAUCCACCGUCAUCAGAAAAGUUAAGAGUGUGAAGGAAAAAACGGAAAGAUGCAAGGGCCACUUUGAUAUUCUUCACCUUUUAUUUAUUUAACACACUAAAAUGCAAUCAGAAAUCCACAUUCGGAACCAAAAAUGAUCAAUCUGUGCCAAGCUGACCCGAUGAUUCCAAGGCGCCCCUGACCAAAAUGAUGCGUGAUCGUUGAAAAACAAUUCAGUGAGAGAUUGGAACAAAUAUCUCCUCGUCUGCCUUGCCACCGAGUGUACAAAGUUAAGUUCUGCGGGCCUCUAAAAAUGGACGGCGAGGCCGCAAAUGGCCCCGGAGUCAUAGUUUGGACACCCCUGGCCUCGCAUGACAGAAGCCAUCAGGGCGCCGUCCCGCGGUGACGCCAUUGUCCCGCCAUUGUUCCGUGCCAUGUGCGUGACGAGCCACCAAAAGGCCCGUACGAGUGUAAACCGGUUCCGGGCCCGCGCCCCCCCCCCCCCCCCCCCCCCCCCGACCCGCAACGCCACUUAAGCCUUCCCAUCAAUGAAGAUGUUUACAAUGCGCAGCAGAAAGAACAGUGAAGUGUUUAAGCUUGUCGUCAGUCGAAUGACCCGCGCUGAUGCGUGCUGAUCCCCGGACACGCUGCUCACAUUGUGCUUUAUCGGAUUUGUCGGGCCAAGCUGGAGGCCGGAAGUACUCGCGCUCGGUGCUGAAGCAUAAGCGCAGAUACUUUUGUCAAUGUAGAACUCUGAAAUAAACUCCUUUCAAGUACAAUUGUACUUAAGUGCGAAAGUAAAAAGUAACGCGUGAAUUAUUCACAUGUACUUAAUAAUUGGUAAUGUCAACAAAGCCUUCCAUGUCACUUGACAAGGCAGAGAGAGCCAUUGAGAAAACAGAGGAAAUGUCGCGAAUGAUGAGUUUAGCCUUUUUCUUGAGGGUGUCAAGUUUCAGUCAAAAAGAUGUUACGUGAGGUGAAUUGCUUAAAGGACGAUGAUGAUGUGAGAUAAAUUCAAGGAUGAUAUUACGUGAGGUAAAUUGCUGCAAGGAUGAUGUUUCGUGACGUAAAAUGCUUAAAAGAUGAUGUUACGUGCGGUAAAUUGCUUAAAAGAUCUUACGUGAGGUCAAUUGCUUAAAAGGUGUCGCGAGGUAAAUUGCUUAAAGGACGAUGUUGUGUGAGAUAAAUUCAAGGAUGAUAUUACGUGAGGUAAAUUGCUUAAAAGAUGUUAUGUGAGGUAAAUUGCCUGAAAGAUGUCGCGAGGUAAAUUGCAUAAAAGAUGUUCCGUGAGGUAAAUUGCUAAAAGGAUGAUGUUUCCUGAGGUAAAUUGCUUAAAAGAUGAUGUUACGAGAGGUAAAUUGCUUAAAAGAUGUUCCGUGAGGUAAAUUGCUUAAAAGAUGUUCCGUGAGGUAAAUUGCUAAAAGGAUGAUGUUUCGUGAGAUAAAUUGCUUAAAUGACAUGUGAGGUAAAUUGCUAAAAGGAUGAUAUUUUGUGAGGUAAAUUGCUUAAAAGAUGUUAUGUGAGGUAAAUUGCCUGAAAGAUGUCGCGAGGUAAAUUGCAUAAAAGAUGUUCCGUGAGGUAAAUUGCCUGAAAGAUGUCGUGAGGUAAAUUGCUAAAAGGAUGAUGUUUCGUGAGAUAAAUUGCUUAAAUGACAUGUGAGGUAAAUUGCUGAAAAGAUGUCACUUGGGGUAAAUUGCUGAAAAGAUGAUGUUCCGUGAGGUAAAUUGCUUUACAUUUCAACAGGUAAGUAUAUUCCAAAAUGGAUGUGUGGGAAAUUCAGACAUGGUUAACAAGAUCUUUAAGGGACUGGCUAACGGACCUUUCUUUUGCUCGGAUCGAUGGCACAGACGUGCUGCUCCGUUAACUUAGAAAUUGACAACAGCAAGUUACUCAAAGAAAGACAAGCCAACCAAAUUUAGAUAUAUUUAUUUCCACAAGUCUGUUACUUCCGAAGUGGCUAUCUCUAUCUCGCGAUCGUCUCCGUAGAUCUAUUUACAACAUCCAUUCCAUCCAUCCUCCUCACCCUUUGAUUCUGUUGGAUUCAUUUUGACUUGAUUUGUUUUUUUUUAAGGAAAUGGGGGGGAACACUUAUUAGAAAGUAUUUGUAUUUGGUUACUUCCUAACAGUAGCACAGGAUGACGUGCUGUCUUGGUUACAAAACAUGUUUCUCAUACUUCUUUACUGCAGUAAAAAAAGUCAAUCUUCUCCAUUUUCUAUACUGCUUGGAUAAAUCAAUGAUCCAUCUAAUGCGUAAUCCAGUUUUCAUGAUCACUACGUUGACUAAAAUAACCUGCCACGAUUGUGUGCCGUACUUGUGUGCCUUAAAAGUGUUUUAAUGGAGCAUUUUAGCACCUUUUAAAAAAUGUUUUUUUUUUUUUUUUUAAAUCUUGUGCAUGCUUCUCUAUUACCAUUGUUCCCCCGGUGAUGAUGUAAUGAUGAUGUAAUGUACUAGCAAUACAGCAGGUGAAAACUG